AUGUUCUUUCUUUCUUUCUCUGUAACACUUGCUCUUUUUUUUAUAUAUAUAUUCUUUUUUCUUUCUUUUAUCUAUUCUUUCUUUUUCAUUACGUUUCUUUCAUUCUCUCAUUUUUCUAUCAUCGUCAUUCCUUUAUAUAACUUUUCUUUCUUUCUUUAUUCGUAUCCAUUUUCUUUUCUUUUUUAUUCCUUUCUUUCUCUAGAACAUUUUCUCUGUAGUAGCUUCCUUCCUUUGCAUAUAUAUUUUUCUAAUACAUUUUCCACUUUCAUAUUCUUUUCUUUUUUUCUGUCUAUAUCAUCUUUUUUGCAUUUCUUUGUUUUUAUCCACUUUUCCUUGUCUGCCUUUCUUUCUUUCUUUCUUUCGACUUUUCUUUCUUUCUUUCUUUCUUUCUUUCUUUUAUCCAUCUUCAUUUAUAUUUUUUAUCAAUUUUCUUUCUUCUUUUCCUGUGGAUGCUUUGCAGUUUUCUUUUUACAGUCCCUCCUUUUUCUGAAUUCUCAACUCUUUUAUUUAUUUUCCGCGUCCAUUCUUUCUUUCUUUCUUUCUUUCUUUCUUUCUUUCUUUCUUUCUUUCGCCCUCUCUCUCUCUCUCUCUUUGUCUGUUUCUCUUUUUUUUUAA